AUGGAACUUCCAAUGGAGGCGAGAGCUAUUCCAAUGGGAGUUGGAUCUAGUGAACCAGUUGUACUACAGGAGGACAUCAUUCCAGAGGAUAUAACAAGUUACAACUUUACAAGGACAAUUUGGAAAGGUUUAGUUCUACCAAGAGUUGAACUGUUUGUCUGGUUUGUUUUGACUGGUAGGGUCAAUACAAAGGAGAGGCUGAGUUGGUUGGGUGUUAUCCACCAGGAAGAUGUUGUAUGUGUGUUCUGCAACAAAAUUACUGAAUAUGGUCACCAUCUGUUCCUUGGUUGUGAUUUUGCUUGGCAGGUUUGGUGUGCUUGGUUAUCAUUUGUUGGAAGGCAAUGGCCAUACCCGAGGAUGUUGAAAGAGCAUUUUAUAAGUUGGACUGAGAUAUCAGCUAGCAAGGAAGAGCGCAAGAUGUAG